CUUUGACCGAUCACUCAAUCUCGACCCACGUAUUGACUCCGUCCAUUCGACUUCUCCCGUCGUCUCGUCCCGCUGUCCAGAGCUCGAUUCGACAUCGCUCUUUGCUCACAACCAACUCCACCACUAGACAUUCAUCGCCCUGAGGCGCGCGUGAGCGAGCUGAGCCAAACGGUAUCUGUACUUUCACCGGCUGAGAAGCCGUUUCGCUCUUUUGGGGGACGAAAAGAGUACACGCAAGACAUACGCGCACUCGAGUGAGAUCUAUCAGUGCCCAGGAUUCUCAAACAUGUCCACCAUCUCAGCAGAGUCGCCGCUAGGCCAGGCGUUGAACGAGCGCGUUCUUCCCAAGUUGAUGGAGCUGGGAUGGAGCUCGGGCGAACAGGACGACACUCUCUCUGAGUAUAUCAUAUUGAUGCUUGCGAACGGCAACAACGAGGAGCAGAUUGCCACCGAGUUGGCAACCGACCUUUUGAACACGGAGCCCGACGAUCCGGCCCCCGCCAACUUCGCGAAGUGGCUGUUCCAGCAGGUCAAUGAGCUACAGCAGGCUCAGGGCGGCGCCCAAGCUGCUUCAUCUGCUGCAGCAGGCGCCGCACCUGCGGCUGAUGCAUCGACAACCGCUGAUACAGACAUGACCGAAGGCGCAGAUACUUCGGGAGCCAUCCCCACAGGACCCAAAGCGAUGCGUAACGGCGCCAAGGGUGCCGCACGCGACAAGCGAAUGUCCGGAAACCCCAACAAAGCCAUGGAUCGAUCUGCAGAUUCCGUUUUGCAUCGCGUGCGAGGUACCCAGGGAACUGGUCGUAUCAACUCGCAUUCCCGAGACCCGCCAAAAGGCCCGCGCCAAACCAAUAUCCAACGCAAUCUCGCAGCCGCGGGCGUUGGACGCGGAGGCCCUGGCAUGAUGCAGAACAUGUCUAUGCCCGGUCAGAUGGGUCAGAUGGCAUACCCGCAGCAGAACGGCGGACAGAUGGUCAUGGACAGCAACCAGAUGCAGCAGAUGCUGCAAAUGCUGGAGCGGCAAGCGCAGAUGAUGGCACAAAUGAGCAACAGCAUGCAGCCGAAUCAAGGCGGCAACUUCCACAAUGGUCGCUCGUUCGGCGAUCGCUCCGACAAACGGAACAAGUUUAACAACAGAAGUCACCACAAUCAACAAAGCAACAAGUCUACUGGUGGUGACACAGAGAUGGGUGAGGAUGGCCAGCCGAAAGAGGGAGGUGAUGCAGCUGCGCGCGGCGAAAACGGUCAUGAGAAGUCGGCCGCAGAAACGAUGUGCCGCUUCAACAAGCAAUGCAAGAAUCCGGACUGUAUAUAUGCGCACUCCGGACCCAUGACUUACACGGGCAUUAUUGUGGACACCUCCUCGGUCUGCGACCAUGGUGCCGCCUGCACAAACAAUCGAUGUGCCUCGCGUCACCCUUCCCCAGCAAAGAAGCAGCAAUAUCAAGCGACAGUACCUUGCAAGUACGGUCCAUACUGCCAGAAACCUGGCUGCACGUUCCAACAUCCGCCCAACGGACCGUGCAAAAACGGUGCGGACUGCACGGAGGAAGGGUGUCAGUAUUGGCAUAAUCCAGUCAUGUGCAAAUACCCGCAGUGCACGAACAAGGCUUGUCCAUACAAACACGCUCCCGGCCAGAAAAGAGGAUAUUACCGCAGUAAUCAGGUAAUUUUCAAUGGCGGAGAAGCGGAGAAGCAUGUUAGCGAAAGACAAUUUGUCAGUGGAGAAGGUGAAGAGGAGCUCAUCACACCUGGAGCUGCGGCUGCGGAGGGCACCAGUGAAGGCAUGGAUGUUAUUACGUAGUGUGGGGUUUGGGAGGGGGAGGAUGGGUCUGCUUGUGUGUGAUAUUGAAUGCCAAAAGGAGAGCGGGAUGCUUUUGACAGGUUAUGAUUCGCAUGGCACGAUUGAUGCAUGUAUAACAAACACCUUCAUUGGGCGGCGCACAUAUAUACCUCCGGGAUGGGACAGGCACUCUGCUAAGUCGCCCUUGACCACAGGCACACUUGGCGAGAGCGAGCCAUUUAUUUAUGUUACAUUUUUGAGUGAUCUAUGCUACUGCAGCUUGAUCGGAGGGCUGGGAGGCUGGCAUUAGACUGUCAGGUCUGUGAAGAUCGGAGGGAUUGGCGUGGUGGAUCAAGUAUAUCUCACAGGCUUCGGGCGCUUGCUCUUCGGGCCGCGGUGUAUUAUGGAAAGUUCUUUUUCUCCUACUUAUAGCGCAACAGUCGC